AUGACUGAUCUGAGGGCAAUGUUUACUCGCCUUAGUUUAUUUGAUAAUGGUAGUCUAUUGGCUGAACUUCAGGUUGAGAGUGGGAAUACUGUGGAUUUUGGAUUGAAUAGUGAAGGGGUAUUCUGUUUUCGAGGGAGAAUCUGUGUACAGAAAGAUACUGAAUUGAGGCAGUCUAUACUACGAGAGGUGCAUAAUAGCCCUUAUGCUAUGCAUCUUGGUGGAAAUAAGAUGUAUCAAGACCUUCGUGAGUCAUACUGGUGGCCAGGUCUUAAACGAGAGUUGGAGAGAGUGACUAUAGAAUUUGUUAGUGGGUUACCUCUUACAGCCACUAAGAAUGAUUCUGUAUGGGUUAUCGUGGAUCAAUUGACCAAAUCUGCCCAUUUCAUACCGAUUCGUAUUGAUUACACGUUGCAGAAGCUGGCUAAAUUAUAUGUGUCUAAGAUAGUGAGACUGCAUGGGAUAGACGGUCAAUUAGAUAGGGUGAUUCAGAUACUGGAGGACAUUUUAAUGAGUUGCGUGAUUCAUUUCUAUGGUAGUUGGGAGAAUUACUUGCCGCUAGCAGAGUUUUCUUAUAACAACAGCUAUCAUUUUAGCAUUCAGAUGGCACUUUAUGAGGCAUUACAUGGUCGUAGGUGUCGCACAUCUUCGUGUUGGACUGAGUUAGGUGAGCGGCAAGUUCUGGGUCUUGAAGUGGUUUUUGAUAUUGAGGAUAAAGUGCUGAGGUUUGGUCGUAAGGGCAACUUGAGCCCUAGAUUUAUUGGACCUAACCCCAUACUGAAACGAGUGGGACUAGUUGCCUACCAGUUGGAGCUACCUCCAGAGUUAGAUCAGAUUCACAAUAUUUUUCACGUCUCAAUGUUGAGGCGCUACCACUCUGAUCCCACGCAUAUUUUUCCUAUUAAAGAGAUUGAGGUUAGGCCUGACUUGACCUUCGAGGAGGAGCCAGUCCAGAUUCUAGAUCAAGACGUUAAGGUUUUGCGGAGGAAGUCUAUUCCACUUGUUAACGUUCUAUGGCAUAAUCAUAGUUCUGAGGAGGCUACAUGGGAGCCUAAGGUUUCAAUGCGUUAG